AUGCCCCCUGCUGGUUCUGGCUUCGUCUCGAUCCAGGCGCCUGAGCACCAGCCAGACAACAUCACGCUCGGCACCUAUGGCGGCCUGUACACGGCACUGACUGAGGGCCCGACAACAGCGACGCCGUACGGAACGUAUGACUACUGUUCCAUGCCGCACCCGCGGACGGCUGAGUACCAGCUUCCUGCGCCACUUCGAGCCAGCAGUGAUACCGGCAUCACGGGCAAACUCGUAUUCCUGGAGUACUUGCAGCGCCACCAAUGCCGCAUACCGUACAAAAUUCUCCCGGGCGGCGAGACGUACCAGGACGAGACCGACCCGUUCUCCGCCAACGUCAAUGGCACCUGCCAGUUCCCCCAGAUUACGCUGGGCGGCAUCCAGGACGGUUACCAGCACGGCCAAGAUCUGUGGGCCGUUUACGGCGAGAAGCUUGGCCUGAUCCCGGCGUCGCCCCGGGCUGGCCGCAUCUGGCUGCGGGCCACAGACUCGCCGCUCACCCAGGGCUCGGCAGGCGCUGUGCUUCGCGGUAUGUGGCCUGGCUACAAAGGCGCCCCGCCGCUGCACCUCAUGGAGGGCGGCGUUGACACCGUCAACGCGGGCUACUCGUGCAACGCCAUCAGCAGCAUACAGAGCCAGUACAAGUCGACAUCCGCGUGGGCCACCCAUCUGGAACUUACAACCGAGCUGCGCGCCUCGCUCGGCUCGAUGCUCGGUGCUACGGCGGCGUCGUGGCAGAACACCUUUGACCACUUUGCCGACAACCUGCAGGGACGCCUGUGCAACGGCUACGAGCUGCCCUGCAGCACCACAAACAGCUCUGCCUGCGUGACCGAGGCGCAGGCCGACAUGGUCUUCCGUGCCGGCGACUGGGAGUGGAACUACUACUACCGCACCCAGCCCUAUGUAGACAAGUAUAUCCAGGCUGUUGAGGGCCUCUUCAUCGGCGAGGUCGUGGCCCACCUGCAGGCCGUGCUCGACGGCUCCUCUGCUCUGGACUACGCUCACCAUUUCCUCCAUGACAACGACAUUGGCCCCGUCCUGGGCGCGCUAGGAAUCAACGCCAUGCGCUGGCCUGCCAUGGCGGCAAAUGUUGCCUUGGAAGUCUGUGGCCAGCCGAUCGAGACUAUCCAUGGCAUUCUGGACUGGAUUCCCCUACAGCAGCUGAUCAGUAUUCUUAGGCCCUACGUGCUGACGGACAUUGCGAGUCUGUGCAGCAGCUAG